AUGUUAACAAAAUUAUUUGUGCGAAAAUUUUACAAUCAAUUUAAUUUUCAACAAUGUUCCUAAUUUUCGAAGCUUAAUCACUUUUUUUAGCAAUUUGAAAUGGAUAAAUAUGAUACAAGUUCUUAAAUUGAUACAUCAGACAGAAUGAAAUUUUCAAAAAUAAUUGAAUCUAUGGAUUAAGGCAAGUAAUCAUUGUUUAAUUCCUCUCUUUCAGAAUAUUUGAAUACAGAAAGUAUAAAAUUUGAGUAAUUGUUGACAUUACUAACAUAAUUACAUCAAACAAAUAUUUUUUGUAAUAAACCUAAUUAAGAAAUUCUCUUGUAAAUGAUAAAUUAAAAUUUGAAAACCAUUAAUAUAGGCAUUCUUUAGAUGAUAUCACAUAGCUUGUCACUUGGUAUUGCUAAUUAAUAGACUUUAAGUUUAUAUCUUUAACAUUUUAUAACAUGUGAUUUAAAGAAGUUUAACUAUUUGCAAUAAUUUGAUAUGAUUUUUAUUAUUUCUUAAGGAAUUUUAAAAUUUAAAAUUGAUCUAAGCAAUCCUGAAUUUAUGAAUUAGUGGAAAGUGUUAUUGUAAUUAUUGAAACCUCAUUUAGAAAAAAAGAAUGAAUGGGUUGUUAAGAAAUAUCCACAUUUAGCAUUCAUAGUGAGAAGUAUAAGCUAAGACAAUACUAAUAACAUUUUGGUUCAAGAUUUAAUAAAUUUGUUUAAGACAAUCUCAAUAAAGUUUAUACAAUAAUAGGAUCUCAUUUAUAAAUUGGAUUUUAAAGAAAUCACUAUAUUAUUAUCAAGUGUAAUAAAGAUUAGAGAGAGACAUUUACCAUAAGAACUUAAUAUUUUGAUUGAAAAUUUGAUAAAGUAUCUUUUAAGAUAAGAUUUAUCAAAAUUCAAUGAUUCCUCUUUACAAUCUUUGGCAUUAUCAUUAACUUAACUACCUUCCUAUUAAUCUUAAUUUCAAGAAUUAUUAAUAUAGUAGAUAGAUGAUAGAAAGAGAUAAGGUAAAAUAAAUUUAAAGUAACAUUUGUCAAUCAUAUAUGAAUUGACUAUGAAAUGGAAAAAUAAGGUGAACUCUGAAAAAUUAGUUAGUUUAAUUACUAGUUUACCUAUAAAUGAAUAAUCGGAUUUUGAUCUUGCUCACUAUUUUUAAAUCCUUACAAUCUUACCUGCAGAAUAGAUAAUAAAUAUAUUAAAGUCUAUAGAAUAUGUAAAUAAUAGUUAUAAUAAAUAAGGAUUUGAUUUAACGAAAUUAGAAUAAUAGUAAAAAUAAAAAUUACAAGAAAGAUUCAAUUUCUUCAGAAAGAAUAAUGAAAUCUUUAGUGAAGAUAGAAGGUUACGUAAAAUAAUUAAAUACAUCAAAUGUUAAUAUGUAAUUGAUUUAGAACAUAUAAAAUUUGUUAAAAUGAUAAUCAAUUAAUUAUAGUUUAUAAAUAAAUGUAAUAAUAAACAGCAGAGGAUUUGGCAGAGAAAGAAGCAGAGAUUAAAGAAGCAUUUGAAAUAUUUGAUAAAAAUAAGUCCAAAAGUAUAUCUGGUAAUAAUAAUGUUAAUAAUUGAAUAAAGUUUAGGAACUGACUUCAGUAUUUCGUUCUUUAGGUUAUAAUUUUUCACAAGAUGAAAUAUAAUCAAUGGUGAAAGAAUUGAGAUAAUCUUAGAAAGCAGAAGGAGCAGAUGAUAAAGAAUUAAAUUUUGAUGAUUUUAAGAAUUUAUUAUUAAUGCAAGAGGAGAAAGCAAAGAAUGGAGAAGAUGAUUUAAGAGAUGCAUUUGAAGUUUUUGAUAGAGAUGCUAAUGGUUAUAUAGGAUUAGAGGAACUGAUGAUGGUCGCUAAAAGUCUUGGUGAAAAUAUAUCAGAAGAAGAUUUGAAAGGAAUGUUGUAAUAUGCAGCAAAUACAUUAAAUUAAAAUGAUGAUGAUAAAGAUAAAACACCUUAAAUUAAUUUACCAUAAUUUGUAGAAGCCUAUUUAAAAUGA